GGAAGGAGACGGAGGCAAAGGAAGCCAGGCACUGGUCCAUGGGGCUGACUUUUCACAUGUGCACAUCACCGUGAAAGACUGAAAUCUACGGAAAAUGUGUAAAGGAUUAGGAGCUUUGCCCCAGACAUGUCUGGAGAGGGCUAAGGAGAUCAAGACAAAAUUGGGAACCUUGCUCCAAAAGCCAGACAAUUCCAUCGACCUCAUCAUCCCAUACCCUGAAAAGCUUGAGAAGAAGCCUGAAAAGAUCCAGAAACCGUCACCUGAAGACGCCUUGCAGUGGCGGGAGUCCCUUGACCGAAUGCUCGCAAACAGCUAUGGCCUAGCCACUUUCAGGAGCUUCCUGAGAUCCGAGUUCAGCGAGGAAAACAUUGAGUUCUGGGUGGCUUGCGAGGACUUCAAGAAGGAGAAAUCUUCCGUGAAAAUGGCCGCAAAAGCCCAGAAAAUCUAUGAGGAGUUUAUUCAGACAGAAGCUCCCAGAGAGGUGAACAUUGAUUACUUCACCAAGGACAUGACACUGAGGAAUCUGGUGGCUCUCUCCCCAUCCACCUUUGACCUGGCCCAGAAGCGCAUCUACUCACUGAUGGAGAAGGACUCCUUUGCAAGGUUUCUGCAAUCAAAGCAGUAUCAGGGACUGAUUAAGUGAUUUGUUUGUUUUUAAGGUUUUUACAGUUGCCAACAAACCACUUAAUAUGAAAUUGGCCAAACCUGAUAUAAUAUGUAGCUGAAUAAUGUAUUUACAAUUCAUUUGAUUCAAACUGUAAACCAUGUCAAGUCUUUUUUUUUUUUAAAUAUUAUAACAUGCUAGCCUCAUCGCUUGCAUCCAAAGUAAUAAAUAGAUUUAACUGACUAGUAGACAUUGUGGUAAACUCUAAGGUUUGUAGUACUUCGAGCUACUUAUUCACUUAUCAUUGUUAAAGAUAUUUUAUAUUGCAGAACUCUAUUUGGAUAAGCAGCCUUAAGAGAGUAUUUUGUUUUUCUUAUUUCACUUUUUGUUUUCACUUUAUUUAGUUUAAUCAGCACACUCAUCCUGGAAAAGUGAUCUAUUAGGCAUCUAAAGGUUUCAGCUUGCAAAACACAAAAACUAACAAGAAUGAAUAGUAUAUUCCAAAAUCUUUUUCAGACUAUGUGUCUGUAUACAUAAUUUGUCAAAAUUUUGAAUUUGUCUUUGAAAGCUACAUAAAAAUUCUGUUAUGGCAAAUCCCAUUUGUUAUUUAUAACUCACUUGAAAUAAAAUUCAGGUUCAUAAUUUUAGAAUGUAAGCAGAAGAGAACACUAAGUUACCAUUACAUCACCUUGAAAUGGGAGAUCUGGGGAACAAUUUCUUGGAAAAUGUCUUGUUAAUGGUGCCAAAUGGUACGGAGGAAAAUGAAGUGGGAAUAAUUUGAAGUAAAACUGACACAGAUGUAAUCCCUGAGGCAAGAGGGGAGUUGUUCACUUAUGUAAAACACAUUGCUACAAUUUGAAUAUUAUCACAUAAAGUCAAUAGGCUGAUUUGGUGGGGAUUAAAGUCAACAUGUUCAGUCCAUGUAACAGUAGUCCAAUCAAUUCAGUAACCCAAGUAGUAAGACUUCAAGAAUGGCUUAAAUAAUGACUUAACUAAUAAAACAAUAUUAUAAUUUUAUAAUGCAAUUUUUACUAUUAUGAUCCUAGUAUAAUCAUCCAUUAAAAUUCUAGCAGUGCCGUCAGCAUUAGUAUUAUCACACAAGUUAUCAGUUGUUACUACUAAAUGCAUGAUAUUGUUAUUAUAAGGCAAUUGAAAUCUAGGAAAAUGUACUUUGUAUGUACUCAUUAAGUUGCUUCUCACAUUAUCUAUACAAAACACAUUGUCUGUGCUAUGUUCCAUUUUAUAACCAUGCAACUAUGUGUUUAUUUCUUUAUUAAUGUUUUAAACAAAUUUUUAAGCCUACAGUGGAACAUUUCUAAUUGCCUAUUGAUGAAAUUAAGGUUAAAGUUUCAUUUUGAAUUCCACCUGCAUUUUCCAGUUGUGCAGUUAAAAAUUUGAACCUUCUGAAACUUUUAAAUAGAUGGGACCCUCUCUUAGAUUAUAUUACCACAGUGAAAUUAUGUGUUGUUAUUAUUCUAAGUGUUGUUCCUUAAAAAGGCAAAAGAAACCAUGAAGGCAAUGCUGAGAAAGUGCUAAAAAGACUGUGUUGUGCAUGUGGUAUUUCCUGUAGUGAACUGCAUAAAGGUGCAUUAUCACGUGGAGUUGCUCAAGUUUUUUCUCUACAUGUAAAUAUUUACCCUAUUUACUCUGAAGUUACUGAAUUACAGCUGACCCUUCAACAACGUGGGGGUUAGGGGCGCUGACCCCCCACUCAGUCGAAAAUCCACGUAUAACUUUUGACUCCCCGAAAACUUUACUAAUAGCCUACUGUUGACCAGAUGCCUUACCGAUAAC